UUCCCGAAAUGUUCCCUGAAGGUUUCUGCUUGCUGGCCAUAACGUAACAUUUCAUUUCUAUGCUAUUCUAUGCGGGACAUUGCAGUAUGUCAAUAUCGUGGUGCUGCUGCAAAGCAUGCAAACUGCAGCUAAUGUGGACUGCAACUAAAACCCGCUCCCUGCUGUUUCCGCAGACCUGCUGUCCGCUGCCUCACCCGCACACUGCAGUCACCCGGGCGAACCCGUGUCCCGAAACGCGCGCACCUCGAGCUCCAGGCGGGACUUCCUUUCUUUUGCGGAUACGACACUGGGGUGGAAAGCAGGCAGAAAGGGCUUGGUCGGGGUGUCACCGGUAUACCCGUGCGCCUCUGGACAGCAGAUAACCUGGCUGACGACGCUGCUGUCGCUGAAGUCCCGUAGAUGAACCUCCUCCUCGGCUAUGCAGCCUUGAGAGCGCCGCGAGUCACCGCCCCGCCAAAAUGUCUGAUGUCAACAAGACUGUUCAGAAAUGGCACGCCAGUUUUAGGAAAGGCACAGACUUUGACUCGUGGGGACAAUUAGUGGAGGCUAUAGAUGAGUACCAAAUUCUUGCGAGACAACUGCAAAAAGAGGUCCAGUCAGCAAAUUCGUCAGACUUCACAGAGGAGCAAAAGAAAACCUUAGGCAAGAUUGCAACAUGUCUGGAGAUGAGAAGUGCCAGUUUGCAGUGCACUCAGUCAAAGGAGGAGUUCAAAUUAGAAGACCUGAAAAAACUGGAAACCAUAAUUACAAAUAUACUUUCCUACAACAAAGAAUUUCCCUUUGAUGUCCAGCCGGUGCCCUUAAGAAAAAUCCUUGCUCCAGGUGAAGAGGAGAACCUUGAGCUGGAAGAAGAGGAAGAGGAUGCUGCAGCAGGAGCAGGUUCAGCAGAAGCUUUUCCACCACGAGCUCCGGCUUUGCAAGGUACCUUGUUGCCACGGUUACCUUCAGAGCCUGGGAUGACACUACUUACAAUAAAGAUAGAAAAAAUUGGGUUGAAGGAUGCCGGGCAGUGCAUUGAUCCAUACAUGACCAUUAGUGUUAAAGAUUUAAAUGGUGUUGAUUUGAACCCAGUGCAGGACACCCCUGUGGCCACCAGAAAGGAAGACACUUACAUUCACUUCAGUGUGGAUGUAGAGAUCCAGAGACAUGUGGAGAAAUUGCCAAAAGGAGCAGCUAUCUUUUUUGAAUUCAAGCACUACAAACCGAAAAAGAGGUUUACCAGCACAAAAUGUUUUGCCUUCAUGGAAAUGGACGAGAUCAAACCUGGACCGAUUGUAAUUGAACUGUACAAGAAGCCCACAGACUUUAAGAGGAAGAAACUGCAGCUUCUCACAAAGAAACCACUUUAUCUUCAUCUUCAUCAGACAUUACAUAAGGACAGCUAAGUCACAGCGCACCUCAAACCACGUCUUUGAAUCUCUCUCAUCCACGUCCAGCAAAAUGUGGUGUUUCCUCUCAUCACAUUCAGCAAUACGAAAUUAAGGCUGUUGUAUUUUUUUCAUACGUUAGUCACAUCAGCUCACACUCAGAUUUGAAUAUUUUUGAUUUUUCUUUUCAAAAGUGGAAAACAAAAUACCCUAAAAAGAACUUUUUUUCUUUUUUUUUUUUUUUACUAUAGGGAUGGUUUCCAUAAUGCAGCAAUAGCAUGUUGAAGCAGUUAAACCUCCUCAUCUUUAGUCUUCCUUAGCUCACAGAUGUCGGGAAACGAGGACACAAGUCACUGUAGGUGCUUAACUGGAGCUGAACUCUUUACAGAGUUUGGCUCAUCAUAUCUGUGCUGUUGCACUUUGGACUGUCAGGCAAAAGUCAGCAAAACAUUAACCCCUCAACAUUCACCCCCUGCUUAUACUGCGAAAGACUAAAAGCUUGGAAGCAUUUUGUGUGUAGGACUCAGUGAAAGCUAUGUGGAACACAUAGUGAGUCAACAAGUAUGUGCCUCUGUAAACACAAAAGAUCAGAAACCUGUUUUCCUAUGUGCACACUCUUAUCACAAAGUAAGGACAGAUUACUUCUGUGGUAUUGGUAUCUGAAAAUUGUUUACACUGUUUGAAUUCGGGGAUUUUGUGCUUUUAAACGAUGUGUAAUUAUUGCAGAUGCCGUUUACAAUAUAGUGGCGGGCUAUUCUUUUUUUAUUUCGACUUUAUUUAACUGUGUGUGUGUGAGUGUGUGUGUGUCUGUGUGAGGGUGUGUGACCACAUUUCGCAGAAGUAAUGAAACACUCACCGAAAACAUUCCCUAAAUGCAGACAGCCUCUUUUUGUUGAGCCACAAAGAGCACUAUAUGGAUAAUUCUGGAUGGUCCGUGGAGUCUGGAGUGUGUUAUUGUAACAAACUUUUGUAUUAUAGUUACCAGCACUUCAUAAAUGAACUGUAAGGGCACUCAGAGAGCGCAUCCUCCACCAAGGCCAAUGUGCUAUUUGCAGUUUUAAUGAAAGUGAUCACAAUGUACUGGGUUCUUUCUUUGCUUAUGAGCCACCUCUCCACCAAGUUUCAUGAAAUUUGACUUGGCAGUACGUAUUUACAUAAUUUUGCUGACUAACAAAUAAACGACAUUGAUCAUGUACCCCUGCCUUGACGGUGGAAUCAAGAUGAAGCACAUAACAGAUAACAUUGUCAUUUAUAACUCUAAAAAGUUAAUUUUGUUUUCCAGUUAAUUUUAUUUCCUCAUUUUUGUUUUUAAAAAGUGAAUUAAUAACAUUUAGAAUAUAAGUAAGUUGAAAAGGUGUCUAGAAAUGUAAUGUUGGUAUUCUUCUUACUACCUACCUGUCAUGUAUUCCGUCUCACCAUUUUAUAUUUACAGUUUUUGUUUUGUAACAACUUUAAAGACAAAUCCCUUUUAUUUAAAGGA